AUGGAUGGGGAAAAUAAUAAUGGUUUUAUAAAAAAAGUUAGUGGAAAAGUAGUUCAAUUUUCAAAAGAGCACCCAGUCAUCGCUAGUACUCUUGUGAUUGGUGGAGUUUGCUUUGGAGGUGCACCAUUGUUAGUUUCGUAUGUAGGUUUCACGUCAGGUGGUAUUGCGGCUGGUAGUGCAGCUGCAUCCAUCGCUUCAGCAUUAGGGUCGGGUAGUGCGAUAGUUGCAACUGCUCAAUCAAUUGGUGCAACUGGCACUUUAUUAGUUGCUAGUAAAACUUCAGUCAUUGCUGCUAUUUCUUCUUGUGUAGGAGGAAAUAUAGUUGGUAAAAAAAUUGAAAAAAAAUUCGAUGUGCCAAAAUAA